GAGGGGUUUGGUUUGGAUGUAAAAACCCGUGACGGACAAAGUGCACUACACUGUGCAGCUAGAGAAGGACAGCUGGUGACGGUCAACUUUAUUCUGGGUCAAGGAGGUCUAGUCAAUCUCAGAGAUGUGAACGGUAGAACUAGUCUGUUCCUCGCUAUUUCCGGCCAGCAUGUGGAAACUUGUAAAAGUCUUCUUGAAGCGGGCGCUGAGCUUUUCACUGAUAAAUCCUACCUAAACCUGGAAGAGUUAGCGCGCAAACCUGAGCUUAAACGACUCAUAAACCUGACCUCGGCCCUGUACAGUCAGUACAACAAGGAGGUCAAGAACCUCAACAUCCUGGGGGUAGAUAUUGAUGCCCAGCUGAUAUCGCGAGCACAAGCGAGUUCUUCUCCUGGACUUGUCUUCCAGUGUUUGGAUAUAAUGGAUGAAUCUGCUCCUGCCAGGAUUAAGGAGUUCUUGAAGGAGAGUGGCAGAGACAAGUUUCAUAUCAUUUUCGUUUUCAGACGGAAGGUUUAA